GUUCAAAACACAAACCCUAGCUACUGGACCGCCCAGUUUGUGAGAAAAGCGCUGAACGUUGACUUGCAAACAUCGUGCCAUCAUGAAAGGACUAGCCGUGAUUGCAGCGCUGCUGUUGUUUGGUUGUCUGGUUGCGAGCCAGAGCAACAACUUCUACUGGGGUGUCCGUGAUCCACGCGAUGUUCUGCUCAACCGUACCAUUGCUGUUCGGUCCGGAACAAUUCUGCAGGUUAAAUCUAUCGAUCUCGUGUACCCGCUGAAGGGUCAGCAAGGACGCAACAUCUCCGCCAUUACCGUGCUCGAUCAGUACAUCAAUGGCAAGGGAGGGUACGCCAGCCUGUAUGCCGGGGGAGUUGGCUUUAAUUACACGACAAUUCACCUAAAAUCGCAGCGCGGCCAGGGAUACAACUUUAUCGUAGAAAUUUACGGCCGAUAGAAUUGGUGGCGCGUUAUCGCACUUGUUGUUACGUACGUUGAAUCAGUGAAAUAAAUGAUUGGCUAAGGAAAGAUUGGAUCGGAUGUUAUAAGACAUCUAUAAAACCACCUCUUAUCGCUUAUUGUUUGCAGUGACAACAUC